GGAGGGUGAACACGCAUACGGUGUAGAGCACCAAAUAACUUCUCAAAAUAACUGUCAAUUCGUCUGCCUCUGCUUUCGUUGUCACACACAGAUAAUUCACAACCAGAUACAGAAAUAGAAAGUGCAAUUGUCACAUGUCGCCGGUGAUCGCCAGAUUCUAGAGAGAGAGAAACGCCCCCAGACGCCAUGGAGAAUCACAACAACAACGACACAGCGGCGCCGGAGGAGGAGGAAGAGACGGCGGAGGAAGAAGGAGAACAGCUCGGUUCGAGCUCGACUCUCGAGAGGGUCGCUGUUGCCAAGCAAUUCAUCGAGAACCACUACAAAUCUCACAUGAAACACAUCAAAGAGCGCAGGGAAAGGCGCUCGGUGCUAGAAAAAAAGUUAGCUUCUUCAGAUGUGUCAGAGGAGGAACAAAUCAAUCUAUUGAAGGAUUUGGAGCGCAAAGAGACUCAGUAUAUGAGACUUAAACGGCAUAAGAUCUGUGUUGAUGAUUUUGAGCUUCUAAUUAUUAUUGGAAGAGGAGCCUUUGGGGAGGUUAGGCUGUGUCGGGAGAAGAAAUCUGGCAAUAUAUUUGCCAUGAAAAAACUUACGAAGUCAGAAAUGCUUAGUAGGGGACAGGUUGAACAUGUUAGAGCUGAAAGGAAUUUGCUUGCAGAAGUUGCCAGCCACUUUAUCGUAAAACUCUUUUAUUCCUUUCAAGAUGCUGAAUACUUGUAUCUGAUAAUGGAAUAUUUGCCUGGUGGUGACAUCAUGACUUUGCUGAUGAGAGAAGAGUCUUUAACUGAAACUGUGGCUCGAUUUUACAUUGCUCAAAGUGUCCUGGCUAUAGAGUCUAUCCACAAGCAUAACUACAUCCACAGAGAUAUUAAACCUGACAACCUUCUAUUGGACAAAAAUGGUCAUAUGAAGCUUUCUGAUUUUGGUCUUUGCAAGCCUCUCGACUGUUCAAAUUUAUGUCCUAUAAAUGAAAAUGAUGUGAUGACUGAUGACAAUUUGAGGGAAGCGAUGGACGACAAUGGAUGCUUUCCAGAUGAUGGUAAUGGAAGUCGCUGGAAAAGCCCCCUUGAACAGUUGCAGCAUUGGCAAAUGAACAGGAGGACAUUGGCUUUCUCCACGGUGGGUACACCUGAUUAUAUUGCCCCUGAAGUGUUACUGAAAAAAGGAUAUGGCACAGAGUGUGACUGGUGGUCACUUGGUGCCAUAAUGUAUGAGAUGCUGGUUGGCUACCCCCCAUUCUACUCUGAUGAUCCUAUAACAACAUGUAGAAAGAUUGUGCAUUGGAAAAAUCACUUAAAGUUUCCCCAGGAAGCAAGGUUAACUCCGGAAGCGAAGGAUCUAAUCUGUAGGUUGCUUUGUGAUGUUGAACAUAGGCUAGGUACUCGAGGGGCACACCAAAUAAAAGCUCAUCCCUGGUUCAAAGAUGUUGUUUGGGACAAACUCUAUGAAAUGGAGGCAGCAUUUAAACCAGAGGUCAAUGGGGAACUUGAUACUCAAAAUUUCAUGAAAUUUGAUGAGGUGUAUCCUCCAGCUGCAGGAGCUAGAAUGGGUUCUGGACCCUUGAGAAAGAUGUUGAUGACUCCGAAGGAUUUAAAUUUUGUUGGGUAUACAUACAAGAAUUUUGAGGCUGUGAAAGGGUUACGUUAUUCGUUUGAUAGAAAGAAAGGCACGUCACCACCACGUUCAUCUACUGAUUCCAUCCUCAGUGAUUCUGGAGUUGACUACUCUGCCAAAUACGCAAUUGAUGGGGCAGAGACACUGGUCCGUUCUUCAUCCGCAGAUACUAUUAUACAGUGAUAAGCAGACCACCAUACGCUUGGAAAGCAUCUUAUAUGAUAGAUGGACAAGCUUUUCUUGUGGAUUGUAUGCAUAUCAAAAUGGUGUUUUGUCAGGUUUUGCCUUAGGCAUUGAUAGUGGAGGGAAUUACGGACAGAAACAAUGAGAAAACCUCUCAAGUUUGAACUGUCAGUAGUGUUGCAAGAACUCCAGGAAAAAGCCGGUCGUAUUGUUGGUUGGUAGAAAUGGCCGUAAAUAUAACUCAAAAUUUUGUGGAAGUCUAACUGUCCAGGUUGGCAGAGCUAAACAUGCCUUCGCUUGCGGUUUUUUUCUUUCUUCCCCUAGCUGAUAUGCUUAGAUGCUCUGCAGUGUGAGAUCGCUGUAUAUAAAACCUUGAUUGCUUAGAUCUUGUGGAAAUCCUGGUGUUGGGUUUAUCCAGACAGGAAACUAAGUUGUUAUUUUGGGAGAUUCAAUAGUAUGAUUAUGGUGGAAGACUAUUGUUUACAGUUGGUAAUCAGAGCGAUUUUCUUUUUCGUUU